AUGACGACCGUUACUGAGGUCCGGGCGAAGGCGUUUGUCUCCAAUGACUUUCCUUUCAAGUCGACUGCAAUCAAAAUUGAAGAGGAAGAGACUUCGAGGCUCGAUCUGCAAGAUAUUCCUCUGCCACCUCCGUCGAAACGACCAACUGAGGUGCUGAGUAUAGAUAAGGGGACACCAGAUCACCACGUUGCUCGUGACCCUCGACUUCUCAGACUGACGGGUAUUCAUCCAUUCAACGUCGAGCCGCCUCUUACAGAUCUUUAUAAGGAAGGGUUCUUGACAUCCCCGGAACUUUUUUACGUCAGAAACCACGGACCCGUGCCACACGUUAAGAAUGAAGAUAUUCCCAAUUGGGAACUCAGCAUCGAGGGGCGAAAGGAACAGAAUAUCAUUCGAAAAUCAAAAGGCUUCUCAUGGGGCUCGGCCGCGCUGUCGACCGCUCUCUUCACUGGGCCGUUAUUGUCAGAUAUUCUCCGGAGUGCGAAACCAUUGCGUAAAGCCAAGUAUCCCAACGGAUACUAUGGGACCUCUGUAAAACUGAAUUGGGCCAUGGACCAUAAUAGGGGGAUUAUGCUUGCCCAUAAGAUGAACGGGGAAUCUCUUCGUCCGGACCACGGUCGUCCACUGAGAGCUGUUGUGCCAGGGCAAAUAGGAGGUCGAAGUGUCAAGUGGUUGACGAAAUUGAUCUUGACAGACGCACCUAGCGAUAAUUGGUAUCAUAUCAAUGAUAACCGUGUAUUGCCAACAAUGGUUUCCCCUGAGAUGGCAUCGAAUGACCCGAAAUGGUGGCGUGACGACCGAUAUGCAAUCUAUGACCUCAACGUCAACUCUUCUGUUGUAUAUCCAGAAAACAAUGAAGUGUUGGACAUCUCAUUGGCUGGACCAUCGUAUACGGUCAGAGGUUAUGCAUAUGCCGGGGGUGGUCGAAGAGUCACAAGGGUGGAAAUUUCAUUGGAUAAGGGGAAAUGCUGGCGUCUGGCUGAUAUCCAUUAUGCAGAAGACAAGUACCGUGACUUCGAAGGCUAUCUCUAUGGAGGGAGGGUCGACAUGUCCUGGCGUGAGACAUGCUUUUGUUGGUGCUUCUGGUCUCUCUCAAUCGCUAUGUCCGAACUCGAAAACAGCGAUGCUAUUCUUGUGAGAGCCAUGGACGAAUCCCUAAGUAUCCAACCGCGCGACAUGUACUGGUCUGUUUUGGGGAUGAUGAACAACCCCUGGUUUCGGGUCACAAUCACAAAAGAAAAUGGAACCCUCAAGUUCGAACACCCAACGCAUCCCACCUUGCCUGGUGGGUGGAUGGAACGUGUCAAAAAAUCUGGGGGAAAUUUGUUAAAUGGUAACUGGGGCGAGAUACAAGAGGGCGAAGAACCGGUGAUACCGGAGCCAAUUAAAGAAAUUAACAUGAAGAAAGAUGGAUUGAAGAGAUGGAUUAACCUCCAGGAAUUUCAAAAUCAUGCGAGUGACCAAAGCCCUUGGUUCGUCGUCAAUGGCGAAGUCUAUGAUGGCACGGCAUUCCUCGAGGGCCAUCCUGGAGGAGCACAGAGUAUCAUAUCUUCUGCUGGCCUUGAUGUGUCUCAAGAUUUCCUUACAAUUCAUAGCGAGACAGCAAAAGCAAUGAUGCCAGACUACCACCUUGGGACAAUGGACAAAGCAUCUUUGAAGGCACUCAACACCAACACCUCGUCAACAUCUGACGAGCAGCGUUCAACGUUUCUUCAGUCCCGGUCAUGGACGAAAGCGAGAUUUGUGAAGAAGACUAGCAUAUCAUGGGACACGCGCAUUUUCACAUUCCAAUUAGAACAUGAACGUCAAACACUGGGACUGCCAAUUGGCCAGCAUCUUAUGCUGAAAGUUUCAGAUACAUCAUCUAAGGAAGCCAUAAUCCGUUCCUACACCCCGAUAUCCGAAUCGAGCAAGGAAGGCUCUAUGGAUUUACUUGUCAAAAUAUACUUUGAAUCUCAGGCGACUCAAGGCGGAAAGAUGACCACAGCCCUUGAUAGACUCCCCUUGGGUUCCACGGUUGAGUGCAAGGGCCCGACAGGAAGGUUUGAAUAUCUCGGAAAUGGCAAAGUUCUCAUAAGCGGCAAGGAAAGACGUGUCCGUUCAUUCAUCAUGAUAUGUGGAGGGACCGGGAUCACGCCAAUUUUCCAGGUUUUGCGUGCGGUAAUACAGGACCAAGAAGACCCUACAUCGUGCGUUGUUCUCAACGGAAAUAGGCAAGAAGAGGACAUUCUCUGCAAGAAUGAGCUCGACGCAUUUGAAGCCUCUGACAACAACAAAUGCAAGGUGGUACACACACUGACUAAAGCGUCAGUGUCUUGGACAGGCCACCGAGGACGCAUAUCUGAAGAUAUUCUUGAGGAAUAUGUAGUACCCAGUGAGGAAAAUAUGGUGCUUGUGUGCGGUCCUGAGACCAUGGAAAACUCUGUACGACAGAUCCUCCUAUCACGAGGGUGGAGGGAACAAGACCUUCAUUUCUUUUAG